GACGACGACGACGACGACGCGCGCGCGAUGAAGAUCGACGAGGUGCCGAGCCUGGCGAAGAAAUCGCGCGUCGCCGCGCACACGCACAUCAAGGGACUGGGGCUGAAGGAAUCGGGCGAAGCGGCGGAGACGGCGGCGGGAUGGAUCGGGCAAGAGAACGCGCGGGAGGCGUGCGGAUUGUGCGCGGACAUGAUCCGGGAGAAGAAGAUGGCGGGAAGGGCGCUGUUGAUGACGGGAGCGCCGGGGACGGGGAAGACGGCGCUCGCGCUCGGGAUCUCGCAGGAGCUCGGGACGCGGGUGCCGUUCUGUCCGAUGGUCGGGAGCGAGGUGUACAGCUCGGAGAUUAAAAAGACGGAGGUGUUGAUGGAGAACUUUCGACGCGCCAUCGGGUUGCGGAUUAAGGAAGUGAAGGAGGUGUACGAGGGUGAGGUGGUGGAGAUGACGCCCGAGGAGACGGAGAGCACCAGUGGGGGGUACGGUAAGGUGAUUUCCCACGUCGUCGUCGGGUUGAAAUCGGUGAAAGGGACGAAGCAACUGAAGUUGGACCCGGCGAUUUACGAGGCGUUGCAGCAAGAAAAAGUGCAAACCGGGGACGUCAUUUACAUCGAAGCGAACAGUGGUAGCGUGAAACGUGUCGGGCGAUGUGAUGCGUACGCGACGGAGUUUGAUCUCGAGGCGGAGGAGUACGUGCCUUUGCCCAAAGGUGACGUGCACAAGAGAAAAGAAAUCGUGCAAGACGUGACGCUGCACGAUUUGGACGCGGCGAACGCCAAGCCAGUCGGCGGUCACGACAUCGUCGCCGUGAUGAACCAGUUGAGCAAGGGCAAAAAGACUGAGAUCACCGAAAAGCUUCGGCACGAGAUCAACAAGGUUGUGAAUGGGUACAUCGAUCAAGGGAUCGCUGAACUCGUUCCCGGCGUACUUUUCAUCGACGAAGUACACAUGCUCGACAUCGAGUGCUUCGCGUACUUGAACAAGGCGCUCGAGUCUUCUCUCGCGCCGAUCGUCAUUUUGGCCACUAACCGUGGUAUUUGCACCGUGAAGGGUACGGAUAUACAAGCCCCGCACGGGAUCCCAACGGAUUUGCUCGAUCGGUUGAUGAUUGUACGGACGAUGACGUACACCGUCGAAGAAAUGGUCCGCAUUCUCGCCGUUCGAGCGCAGGUGGAAGGACUCGACAUCGAUGAGGAAUCUCUCGCGCAUUUGGCCGACGUUGGUGACAGAACAUCCCUGCGGCAUGCCAUGCAACUGCUUUCGCCGGCAUUCGUCGUCGCAAAGACAAACGGUCGUGAAAAAGUCGUCCUUGCCGAUUUGCAAGAGUGUGAAGACUUAUUCAUCGACGCCAAGGCGAGCGCCAAGUUGUUGAGCGAACAGGCUGACAAAUACUUGGCCUAAU